AUGGCGCUCACUUCAUACGUCUGCUUCAAUUGCAGAAUCUCAUCAAGAUUGCCCCAGGUCACAUUGCGCCACUUCUCUUCCGCCCGAAGCAAUCUCGACGUGUUACGACCCGCGACAGCUCCGAAGCCCACGCCGGACGUCAAACAUAUCCGCCAGAAUGCAGAGCUCUACGCGAAGAAUUGCAUAGAUCGCAAUUAUGCAGCCCACUCUGUGUAUCCGUCGCAAAUACAGCAAUUAUCAGAAGAGGCGAAACAACUCGAUCACGACCUCAAAACCCCUCGAUCGCGCAUCAAGCAAUUAGAAAAAACGAUCGCGAAGCUACAUUUUGCUGCGACACGGCAGGACCAAAAGAAUGGAGAGAAAAACGAGAAAGGUCUUACUCCCAUUGAAGAAUUGGCCGAAUUGAAAUCGGAAGCCCAGCGGUUGAAGGAUGACUCCCAGGCGAUGACGGACCGCAAAGCAACCUGCACCGAAGAGAUCAACCGACUAGCCCUCGCCCUUCCGAACCUUUCUUCCACAUUCACACCCAUCGGUUACGACCCAGCCCUCGUAUCCUACAUCAAUUUCAACCCACAAGAGCCCCCAUCGUGGACCCGCCAGUCCCCCGCUGAGCUCCAAGCACGGUCGCACGUCACCAUCGGCACGGAGCUCAACCUCAUAGACUUCGCCAGCUCCGCCACAACAACAGGAUGGGGCUGGUAUUUCCUGAUAAACGAGGGCGCCAUGCUUGAGCAAGCCCUUGUCCAAUACGCACUAGGCGUAGCAAGACGCCGCGGAUGGCGCACUGUGGCUCCCCCGUCAAUCGUCUACUCCUACAUCGCCGAGGCAUGCGGGUUCCAACCACGCGACCAGCACAAUGAGCAGCAGAUCUGGUCAAUUGAGCAAAACGAGCGCGAUCGCCAUAGCAAGCCCCAGCGCUCGCUGACCGGUACUGCUGAAAUCCCCCUCGCGGCUAUGUACGCCGGUCGCGACAUCAAUGCCGCCGACCUACCGAUUAAGCUAGUCGGAGCAAGCCGGUGCUACAGAGCCGAGGCCGGCUCGCGCGGAGUUGACACAAAGGGUCUCUACCGAGUCCACGAGUUUACUAAAGUCGAGCUCUUCGGUUGGACGGACAAUGUGGAUGCGGAGUCAAAAUCAACGACUCCCACCUCCGACGACAUGUUCGACGAGCUGCUGGAAAUGCAAACCGAGAUCUUAACUUCCUUGUCCCUUCCCUGCCGAGUGCUUGAAAUGCCAACAGGCGAUCUGGGUGCCAGCGCAACCCGCAAGCGCGACAUCGAAGCACUCUUCCCGUCGCGUCUUCGGACUGCUUCCAGUACCAGCUCCACCCCUGUUGACCCGGCGAUCCACGAGCUGGAGUCUGCUUGGGGUGAGGUGACUUCUGCUUCUAUCUGCACGGAUUACCAGAGCCGGCGAUUAGGGGCUCGUGUCCGUGGUGCGGCUAAGGAGUCGCGAUUCCCACAUACAGUCAACGGUACUGCUAUGGCUGUUCCCCGUGUGCUGGCUGCGAUCUUGGAAAAUGGAUGGGAUGCGGAACGCGGUGUUGUUGUUAUUCCCGAGGUUUUGAGGCCUUGGAUGGAUGGCAUGGAGACGAUCGGGAAGAAAUAG